CCUAUGUCCCCAAACUCCAUUCAAAAUCCACCCUGCAAUCCCAACAAAAAUAGAGAAGAAAAGAUCAGAUCUUUCUCAGCCCAUGGCAAGAUCACAUAGAUUCAGGGGAGUCAGACAGAGGCAUUGGGGCUCUUGGGUCUCCGAAAUCCACCACCCAUUACUAAAGACUAGAAUUUGGUUGGGAACAUUCGAGACAGCCGAGGAUGCGGCUAAAGCCUACGACGAAGCGGCGCGGCUUAUGUGCGGGCCGCACGCCCGGACUAACUUCCCAUUCGACCCCAACACGUCGAAUUCUUCGAAGAUUUUGUCUGCAGCGCUCACGGCGAAGUUACAAAGGUGUUGUAUGGGGCCCAUUCAUGAACCAAAGACUACGAUAAAGAGCGACGGGCUGGGGACAGAAGAGGAGAUGUUGCAUGUGGAGGAUGAUGAGUACAUUGAAGAGAUGAUUGAGGAGCUUAUCUAUAAUGGGUCAAUGGAAAUUUCAUUUUCUACUUCUUCAUCUGCAUCAUCAUCAUCUUCUUCUUCUUCUUCAAUGUGAGUUGGGAUUUGGGAUUCUUCUAGUAAGUAUAUAGGAGUUGGCAUAUAAGUCUGCAAUGUACAUAAAAAAAACUCAGGAAGGUGAGGUGUUUGGGAGAGUUUUUCUUGAAUGUUUUGAAAUGUAGGACCCAGUAAGGAAUCAGGGGUAAUAUUGUAAUUUUGGGCCUUUCUUAGAUUCUACUAUUUCUAAUAUAAGCAUAAUAUUUAUA